AUGAAACUUUGGACAUCACCCUGGGUGUCUUGCCUGGUGAUUCUCAUCUUGUGUUUUGGAUCAGAGUGCGGGAUAGUCCGGAAAAAGGGGAGAUCCAAGAGGGAGUUGGUGCGCAUUAGGGAGGCGAAAGCCACCAUCCCAGGGGCUUGUGCCACACGUCUGCCCCGGGGCAAACGCUCUUUGCCCGGCUUGGAGCGACGGGUGCUUCGGCAGCGCCGGCGCUCCUCUCAAGCGGAGGGAAACUCACCAGACCGAGGGAAAGCUGUCUAUUUUACCGGCAGGGGAGAUCAGCUACGGCUGAAGCCUGGCGUGGAGAUACCCAGAGGCAAUUUCACUCUGGAGAUGUGGAUCAAACCGGAGGGAGGUCAACGAUCGCCUACUGUGAUCGCAGGCCUUUACGACAAAUGCUUUUAUGCCUCCAGUGACCGAGGCUGGCUGCUUGGCAUCCAGGCGGAUAGUGAAUAUGGCGACCGCGAUCCCCGCUUCUUCUUCUCCCUUAAAACUGACCGUGCCCACAAAGUGACCUCAAUCCGCUCCAACGCUCGUUAUAUACCAAACCAAUGGGCACAUAUUGCAAUCACCUAUGAUGGCGUGUACAUGAAGCUCUUCGUCAAUGGAGCCCAGGUCGCCGUUAGUCGAGAGCAAUCUGGCGAUGUCUUCAGCACUUUGACCCAAAAGUGCAAAGUGCUGAUGAUUGGGGGCAACGCACUCAAUCAUAAUUACAGGGGGGCAGUGGAAAGGGUGAGUCUAUGGAGGGAGGCCCGAGGGCAGAGGCAUAUCAUCAGGGAUAUGCAAGGCCAAGAGGACCCCCAAGAUCUACCUAAGCUGAUAAUUCGUGAAACAUUUGAGCACCCAGGUCGCAAGUGGCUGACUGUAAAAGAUGGUAGUUUUCCUCAGCCUGAGCACAGAGGAGGUGCGAGGUCAGGGUUUGUGAAUGGUGGUGGAAAUGCUGAGGGCUUACUGGACACAAGCUUGGAACCUCCAACUUGUGGUCAAACUGUCUGUGACAACGUUGAGGUCAUUCGAAACUACAACCAACUUUGGACCUUCCGCCGACCAAAGAAAGUUCGAUAUCGUGUUGUAAAUAUUUGGGAUGAUGCAAGGACAAGGCCAACUGUGUCAGACCACCAGAUCAUUCUGCAGCAUCAGCAGCUUAAUGACGCCUUCAGCCCCUAUAACAUAACCUGGGAGCUUAGCAUUCACAACGUGACCAACUCUUCUCUACGCAACCGCCUGAUCUUAGCUAACUGUGACAUCAGCAAAAUUGGUGAUGAUCAGUGUGACCUAGAAUGCAACCAUCCGCUAACAGGAUUUGAUGCAGGCGACUGCAUGUCUAGAUAUCGAACCCGCUGCCCUGAACACAAGCAGGGUAAUGGUAUAUGUGACCCUGAGUGUAACUGGGAAAACUUCUUCUAUGAUCUUGGCGACUGCUGCAACCCCAAUGUGACAGACGUGACCAAGACAUGCUUCAACCGUUCCUCUCCACACAAAGCCUAUUUGGAUAUGAAAGAGCUCAAAGAGAUUUUGCAGUUGGAUGGCUCAACUCACCUGAAUGUUUUCUUUGCCAAUUCUUCUGAUGAAGAUCUGGCAGGGGUUGCCACAUGGCCCUGGGACAAAGAGGCCCUCACACACUUGGGUGGAAUUGUGCUGAAUCCUUCCUUCUACGGCACAUUUGGUCACACUGACACAAUGGUCCAUGAGAUUGGUCAUAGCCUCGGCCUUUACCAUGUGUUUCGAGGUGUGUCCGAGACUGAAUCAUGCAAUGAUGCGUGCUUGGAGACUGAGCCCUCAAUGGAGACUGGGGACUUGUGUGCAGACACCAAACCCACUUCCAAAUACAAAGGCUGCAGCGAUCCCGAACCAGGCAAUGAUACUUGUGGCAUCCGUCAUUUCACGCAUACACCGUUUAACAAUUACAUGAGUUAUGCAGACGAUGCUUGUACAGACUCUUUCACAAUGAACCAGGUGGCUAGGAUGCACUGCUACCUGGACCUCAUCUAUCAGACCUGGCAGCCUGCUUCCAAACCUCCUCUGGUGCCAAUGGCUCCUCAGGUGGUUGAGCAGCAUCAUAAUUCCAUCACCCUGGAAUGGUUUCCACCAAUUUCCGGACAGUUUUAUGACAGAGAAGUGGGAUCAGUGUGUGACAAAUGCACUGAAGGGAGAGUCCUACUACAGUAUGCAUCAAACUCUUCUUCUCCACGACCAUGUGAUCCAUCUGGUCACUGGUCCCCUCGAGAGGCUGAAGGCCCUCCUGAUGUGGAGCAGGCUUGUGAACCAAGUGUGCGUACCUGGAGCCCUCAUUCAGCAACCGAGCAAGACAUCGUUGGCCUGCCAGAGUGCCCUUCACAGGGCUGCAUGCUUCAGCUAGAGUUCGCAUACCCACUGGUACCUGACUCCUUGACUGUGUGGGUUACAUUUCUUAGCCGCGAGGAAACGGCGCUGCCUGCGAUCCAUAACAUCUUGCUGCUGGCCGUCAGUGGAAACAACAUUUCACUGGGUCCCAGCAAUGUUUUCUGUGAUACCCCGCUCACUAUGAAGCUGGACAUUGAGGAAGAGGUGUAUGGGGUACAGUUCUACACUAUGGAGCAGCAUCUGGAGAUCGACGCCACUCUUUUGACAUCCAAGCCAAACUAUAAACUCUGCAACCAUUGCCAGCCUUUACGCUACCGCCUGUUGCGUCAGCCACCCUUCACACAUGCCCCCAACGGUCUGCUGCUGAAUGAACCUACCCACCGAUAUACAGAUAGGGAUGUGAUACCACAUGUUACGUAUACUUACCAGGUCCAAACAAUCUCCAGUCAAAGUGAGAGUGAGCCAUCUCCACCUUUGGUGCAUCAACUUGGGGCACCCUAUUGUGGUGAUGGUCGCAUCAAAAGUUCCAAAGGAGAGGAAUGUGACGAUAUGAACUCUAUGAAUGGGGAUGGCUGUUCUAGUCAGUGCAAGAAAGAGCCAUUCUUCAACUGUGUUGAGGAGCCAAGCAUGUGCUACUACUAUGACGGUGAUGGGGUAUGCGAGGAUUUUGAGCGAGAGACAGGUGUGAGAGACUGUGGCCUCUAUACCCCCAGUGGUUUCCUGGACCAGUGGGCUUCCUCUAUUGAAGUUUCCCAUGAAGAAAAGCCCUAUUGUUCUGGUGAAGUUGCUGCUGGAUAUCCCGCUGUGACUAAGACAUGUCAGUCCAAGGUGUUUGAUCUAUCUGAUGGAGUGUCGCAGUACGCAUGGUUCCCCUGUCGAGUGGCUGAUUCAGCCUGGGGAUAUUAUACAUACUGGCUUAAGGCCCACUUUUCUCAUCCCAUGGUGGCAGCAGCAGUAAUUAUACACUUGGCUGCUGAUGGGACUGGCUUCAUUGAUCAGACACAAUGUAAUAUUACUGUUCAACUGGUGGACACCAAGGAGGGGAUCCAUAGCCUAGGUGAGUGGCGUCUAAGCUGUCGCACAAACCCUUUGGUCAUCCCAGUGAGUCAUGACCUGUCGGUGGCCUUUUACCACACCAAGGCUAUCCUGGUGAUGUUUUCCUCUCACCUCGUGGCCAUCUCCGGCGUAGCCCUGCGUUCCUUCCAGUCUUUUGACCCCAUCACAAUAAGUGGCUGCCAAAGCAAUGAAAUCUACAACCCCACAGGACAGAGUUGUGUACAUUAUUCGUGUGAGGCCAUUGACUGCCAGGAACCCCUGAUCCGCAAUGCAGAGCUAAAGUGCAGUAGCCCUGGCCACCACUUCUACAAUGGAGACCGCUGCACCAUCUCCUGCAACUCUGGAUAUGUCCUGCAAGUCCACCAGGACGAUGACAUCAUCAAGAGUCAGUCAGAGACUUCAGUGACAAUAACUUGUGCAAAUGGGAAGUGGAACAAACAGGUAUCAUGCGAGCCUGUGGACUGUGGUUUACCAGACAAGUAUCAUGUUCAUCCUGCCAUUUUCAACUUUCCAGAGGGCACCACCUAUGGCAAAAAGAGCACCUUUCAGUGUCGAGAACCUGCCCAGCUAAUGGGUACAAACAACACGCUUACCUGCCUCGAGGAUGGUCUAUGGUCCUUCCCAGAGGCUCUAUGUGAGCUUCGUUGCCCAGCCCCUCCUCUUGUACCCAAUGCUAUGCUGCAGACAAAACGUUGCCAGCAGUCAGACUUGAAAGUUGGCACACUCUGCAAGUACAAGUGCAGGCCAGGCUACCAUGUUACCAAUAAACCCAAGCGGCGUGCAUUCAAACGCCAGUGCACAGAAGAUGGCACCUGGCUCGAGGGAUCUUGUGAGCCCGUGACUUGUGAUCCUCCACCUCCGAUCUUCCAUGGCUCCUAUAACUGUACCAAUGGGUUUCGUUUUGACAGUACCUGCACUCUAAACUGCUCUGAUCCUGCUGGUAAUACUGCUAUCGCCGGCACAGGACGCUCUGCCCAUACGGUGAGGCUGCUGCACCCUACUUGCAAGCAGGGCGCAGGGUCCAAUGAGAUCCGCUGUCGAAAAGAUGGAAAUUGGACAGGGUCGUUCCGCCUGUGCCCACACAGCCAAGGCCAGUGUUCUUUACCUCAAAACCUCCAUUAUAGCCUGCAAUACUCAUGCAAACGAGGACACGGCAUAGGUGAGGAGUGUGAGCUGACAUGUAGAGAGGGGAACAACGAUGUUGUGAUCCUCCCUCACAAUAUGACCGUAGAAAAAGUAAUGAAAGAGCACUGGAGAAAUCCACCUAAGGUGAAGAGUAUUAUCUGUACAAUGGGGCUGAAAUGGUAUCCACACCCAGAAUUCCUCCACUGCAUCAAAGGAUGUGAGCCAUUCAUGGGAGACAACUACUGUGACUCAGUAAACAACAGAGCCUUCUGUAACUACGAUGGAGGAGACUGCUGCCAAUCGACUGUCAAGACUAAAAAGGUGAUUCCAUUCCCAAUGUCCUGUGACUUACGAGAUGAGUGUUCCUGUCGGGAUCCCAAUGCUGUAGAGAACAGAAAGGAUGAGCAUGUCCACUCCCUGGGGUGACCAACCUUAGUAAGGACCCUUUGUUCAACAACCUAGGACCCUUUCCCCAACACCACAUAGCCAAAGUGGCUGAGGCAGACUCUCCUUCAUCCUCUUCUUGGCCUUCGAUUUCCUGCACAUGCUGCUUAAAAGGCAUACCUCUCCAUCCAUCCAUACUGCAACCCCAACCUGCUGAAAUGCCUCCAUCUCUCCACAACCGAAAGAUACAGAAAAGAAGAUGGGACUCCACAUUACCUUCAUUUUUCAGCUUAAAGGAAAGUAACCCCUGCAAUACAUUAAAUCAUUAAAGUACACAUUAAGCAAAGCAAGAAAAAAAACACAAAAUAAAAUGAAUUACAUGAAGCAGACAUUUUUGAAAAAAAAUGAGAAAACAAAACAAAACAAAAAAGAACAAAAAAACAACAACAACAACGACAACAUAACCAAGCCUAGGUAGCAUGCCUUUUGUUGAGUUUUGUGCUGGCUUUAGUGUCUAUUUUAGUGACCUUACUCUACAAUCAAGUGAUUGAACCAAAGGUAUAUCAAAAUGCAUACGUCGAGGAUAGCACUGAUUUUGCCUCUGUGUUUCGGAAAUAUGAAGGAAGUUAAGACAAAUGUUAAAAAUAAUCCUCACACACUGAAAGCUUGUUCAACUUUUUUUUGGGAGGGGCUAGAAGUUGGUGCUGGUCAGAUAUUCUAUAUCUGUGUGUCACUAUAAGUAAAGUGUGUUUCUUCACUGACACAUCAGAGGCUUUAGGUUAUUUCGGUCUUGGUGGGGAAUAAGAGAGCCAUGUUAAUUUGGAAGUCGCAGAUUCAACACACUCACAAAAACCCAAAAUAUAAAGGUGCACACAAACCACAGCUAGCCACAGAAACAGUUUCCGAAGACGAUUUCAUAAGUAUAGAGCAAAAUCCCAAAAGCAUAGUGAAAACAUUUUAGGGCUCUCACUACUGUCCAUCUUCACAUAAUAACAUUUAACUGGGUUAGACAGCUUUGUCUUCCUUGCUGCUUAAAGUACCUCUUUAUAGCAUUCAUUCACACUUGUAUGUUUGCUCAUAAUACAUUUUCUCACAUUAACAUAGACUGCAUUAGAACACAUAUUGACAACACCACAUAUAAAAUGCACUAAGAACUUUAAGAGAAAUCCAGAACCUCAAUUGUCCUUGCCUCUUUCACCUAGUAAACCCUCCCCCCCAACAUACAUUGAUCACGACUUAAGGAAUGUCAUCGAUAACACCUCACUUUGGGCUCGCAUGAUUUUAGUUUCAGUUUCAACUCAUCCCUUGCGACGCUUGAUAAGAACUUUGUUACCUCAAGCCCCGAUUCAAACUGUUUAAACUGAAAUUAAAAACAUCCCAGUCCCUCUACGAAUGUAGUAAGUGCUCUCCUGUAGUCUGUGGCUUCCUUGAGCACACAGUACUGCACAGCACAGUCACACAGGAGUACCGAGUUGAAGGGGUGGAGAUAGUCUGUGAGAGAGAGCAUAGGUCAAAGACCAUAUCUGCCCACCAACACAUUGCUUAUGUACGCAAUCAUAUACACACGUUCUCUUUCUCUCCCCCUCAGGACUAUUGGAUGCCGUAGUAUUCUAGCUCUGCAGGCAACAAGGUUGUACAUGAAAAUGACAUUUGGAUGUAUAUGUCAACACGCCAUUUGCAGUCACAACACGAUCAAAGCUCCCUACGUUUUCUGGCUGUGUCGUCUUUAAGUAAUUUUUGAAACUAUUCUCUUCAGUACAAAGUGCACUUGCUUGUUCUGAUCAGCUCUUCUCAGUAUUGUGAAUCUUGCGUUUUCUGGCCCCAUUGUGUUAGAUUUUGUCAGACUACACGGCUGCUACAAUAGCACGGUAUCUUAUUACUCCUCUAUCCAGACACAUACACACAAGUUUUAUUCUCAUGCACAUUUGAUAAUGAAGGCUGCUUAGCAUAUUGGUCCAAUGUUUGCUGCUCCUAUUUGGCUGAAAUCAUAUUCAUGGCUUGAAUAUACAUUUAAUUUCAUUAAACUUGGGCCAGUGGCACAGUCCCUGUGACAAACAUUAGGCUGCUAUAGAAUUCCAGAUCAUUCUCAUAAAUACGUGGUCCUAAAUUGUAGUGUCAGCGCAGUAGAACCAAUAAAACAAGUCAAUACCAGAACAUAUAAAUAAAAGUCAAGGUAUUAUUUUCCACCAAAUAUAAAGGAAAAAAAAUCAAGAUAUUGUGUAAAUAUUGCUAUAUGUUCUUGGACAGGAGGGGUUUUUGUCCUUUAUCAUGCAUUUCAUUUUAAGAAAAUGUCAUAUUAAAUCAGUGUUUGUACUAUUGACCUCAGUUACUGCACUUUCUAGCUGUCAUGUAAGGGGGGAAAAAGUAAAUAUUUCAAAAAUGUUUAGAUGCUGCUAUUGUCAAAAUGGUGACCUGAAUCAAACUGUAUGAUAUUUGGCCAUUUGACUCCUUGUGUUGCUAUUCUGUUGUUUUGUUUUUUUCCUUUCUUGUAUCUGACCUAUAUGGUCACACAUUUGCAUUUGAUUUUAUUAAUGAAGUAUGGAGGUGCUGUCGUUAUGAAACAUAUAUCCCUUUAUACAUAAUCCAAUGAAGCCCCAAAUCCAAGACAACUGGAAACACAUCAGUACACAUUUAAAAAUAGUUAUCACAUAAUUAAGAUCUAGUUAGAUUAAAAAUUUAUUUAUCUUUAGUUUCCUUGGUGUUUGUGUAAUAUGUUAUCUAAGGCCGAAGGUGAGCAUUGUGCCAGAGAAACCAAGAGAUGUUGAAGAAGCGUGUAAAUGAAGAAAUUCCCGUUAACAGGGACUCUUGAAAGACUUUGUAAAGUCAUUCUAAAGGCUAUAUGAUCUUUUAAGAUUGCAUUUAACACUUUAUUGAAUACCAUAUAGUCCUGGUAAAAAUGUCUUAUAUUAUAUUAUCAAAUUAUAUGUAAUAUUAGUACUCCAGAUUCUGCUGCUUUACAUAAAACUGUCACCAGUGGGGGGAGACUGACCUACAUUCACUACGCGAUACCAGUAAUAUGCAGUACUGUGGUUCAUCAUUUGCCACUGAGGUUACUGGAAAGCCAUUCCAGCUGGGAUGAAUCUGAAACCUGUCAUUGGACCCUUUCCUUCACUGUAUAAAAAAAGAGUAAUCUGUUGUUGCUUCCACAUACUUAGAAUCAUUUAGAAAUAUCCUCCUCAGCCAUUACGUGCAUCAUCAGCUGAUAUCUGGAUACCAAAACAAGUGAUUGUUAUCACCAAGAAAGUCUGCAGAAUGUGACUGAAUGUCAACUUGAAAAAUUAUUUUGUUUAUAUUUGAAAAGGUACCCAUAAGCCAUAGCUAACCAUGAUAGUCAUGAAAGAAAUUAUACAGUCGUGCAUUGGAUGAGGACGUCACCUCUCUACUGUAGUCAUCACACGAUCCCUUGCUGUACCUCAUGCUUGUAAUGUUUGCUGCUUCUAUAUUUUUGGUAUUUUAGCGACAUUUUGAGUCUCAUAACAAUGGUGUAAAUAGUAGAACUAUUUAUUGAGAGUGUUAUACUUUUUUAAGUUAUAUUUAAUGUCCAUGUAAGUUAUUUUUUACAUUGUUGUUAUAAACCAACAUAUUAUAGGUUGCGAGUCAAAACUGUCAUUCUGUCUCUCUUGUCACAGUAUAUUGUGAUCAAUGCUGUCAAGCACUGAUAAGACAUAAACAGUACAAUUUAGACCAACAACCACAGAAAGAACGUCUCUCGUUGUUCAAUAUGUGUAGAUGGAUAUUGCUUGCAAACAGUGAUGAUUCACCAUAUUUAAAUGUUACUGAGUGCAGUGUAUAUUUUUUUUUCCGUCAAAAAUAGAAUGUAAACGUUUCGUUUUUCUUUGUUUCUCAUUUUUUGUAAAACACACACAGAGGCAGACAUGUAAUACAUUCACACACACACACACACACACACACACACACACACAUGCAGUGAGUUUUAACCAUAUAAUGCCGAGUACAACUACAAAUGUUAAUGUUACUACAAAGUAAUGUUUUGAGAAACCAUUGUAAUGCACAAGGAACAGACAGCUGAGGACAGAAGAACGUUGGCAAAUGGCAAAGAAAGGGCUUGAAAAUUAAAGGGAAAAAUUGGACUGGAGGUCAGUAGGCAGGUGAUGGUGAGCGUUCUUGGAUGGCAGAAAAGUAGAUGGUGGGUAGGGGUAGAGGUAGGAACGGGUGGACUGCUUUUCCUGGCCUGUCUUGCUAUUUGUCCAGGUGUGAAAAUGUGUACUCACAGAGGCUGCCCCUAAGCCAGGGGUGGCCAGCCUGACUGGCAACACGCCGAGGCCAGUGAGUCAGAGUUUCUCUUGGGGUUGGCAACCAUAUCUCUCUGGGACUCCUACCACCCCUCCCACCCCCUUGCUACCUCUACCUCCCCACACCUCGACACACUGCCUCAUCUGUCACUGUCAGGUAUGCCUGUUUAGGGCCAGCAGGGUCAAGCUUGCCCUGUGAAAAUUAGAGAGGAUGUUUGCCCAGCUUACAGAGUCUUUUGAAGUUAGGCUCAAGUAACAACAGUUCGCCUCACCUACAGCAUAUGCUUAUCACAUAAUAUGACGUUUAUGGCAACAUUUUUUGCAAGGCUUUAGUAAUUCUCCACAUCUCCAUCAACAACUGUUUGUUUUUUGCUUUUCAUUUAACACCUGGCUUUUUAUGUUAUGUAAAAAAAAAAAAUGUCGGAAACGUUGUGUCUAACUCAUUUAAAGUGCAGUGGAGAGUGCGAGAAAGUGUGUCUAAAUACCUAAUGUUUUUGCACAAAUCUUUGUGGAGAAAAAUACUGGUGUGCCAUCUCGUAAGAAAUUGUCUAUGCGUGUUGUAAGACAUGAAGUACCUCUCACAGGCCUCUUGUUAUAGAAUGGUCCCUUAUCUCUGUUUCCUAAACCUUCAGUAAAUCAAUUAAAAAAAAAAAAAGUUGGAUUGCCCUUUUUUUCUGAGUUGGACCUACAAAAAAAGUGUAUUUGCAUAGUAUGUGGGUAUCUAGUGGUAUUACUGCAAUGUUUCGUACUCAGUUGCUCAACAAAUAUAUUUUAAGAUGUAAAUAGUAAUAAUAUUAUAUGAUGAUUGUAUUUGCAAACCAUGUACUAACUGUUUGGGAGUAGGUCUCCGAUUGAUUUUUAUCAUAACUAUUAUACAAUGAAAUGAACCGUGAAAUGUUGUGCAUUGUGUCAAAGUAUCACCUGCAAGACAGAAACAAAACAAACAAAAAAACCAAAAACAAAACAAAAAGGAAAAAAAAAAACAAAACAAAAAAGUGAUGCUUUACCACACCACUUGUCUGCAUUUAUUUGUUCCUAAUGGCUUAAUUCUAGUACUGUUGUCAGCUGUCUUAACCAUGAAUUUAUCCAUUGUGUCAUAAAUUAUUUGUUUUUUAGAUGAAUAAUAUCAUAACAAUUUCUUAGCAGUCUGUUCAGAUUCAUCCUCAUAAUUAAACUUAACAUUAUUAUGUAUUGAGAAGUUCAUUUCACAUUUGUCUGAGUUGACUGACACUAACCAACAACAAUUUCAUUUAUCUUCACUUCAUACUGUAUGUUACUGAGUCUUAUCCAUAUGCUUUUGUGUUUGCUGAGAAUUUCACCGACACUGUAAAGGUAGCCAUCAAACUCAGUGGGCCCUUGCUCCCUCAGAUGACCUCCUUUCACUUUUUUUCUUACACAGUAUGCACUUUUCAGGCACAUAUACAACAGACUGGACUUUUAUGUUUCAGCCGAUUGUUCUCUCUGUUGUCACAGUUGCAAUUAUAUAUUUUUUGGUGCUCUGGUACAUUGCAAAACAUGUCUGAUAUGUGCUAUAUUUUCAUAAAAGAGUCAUAAAGAUGAGUAUCAUGUUCAUUUUGCUGUCA